AUCAUAUUGUGGGUGGUCAUUUGAAUCGAGCUCUGUGUACAAACAUGAAGCUCUUAUGGCAAAUAUUUUUUCAUAUAUUGUUUCUUCCGGAAAUAUAUUGUCAGGGUUUUUAUGGUGAGAAAUAAUCCACGGAUUUGGCUACUGUUCAGUGAAUUGAAUGCAGCUCUGCUCAUAAUAUUUUCCGUGCAUAAAGUUGAAUAUAUCUACGUCGUGAUCAUAGUUUGGUACAAAAGGGAAAAAAAAAGUUUUCUCCAAAAGAUGUGCAAUAUAUUUUUGGGAUGGUGUAGAUUAUUAUUAAUACCGGUAUGAUCGUUGUUAGAAAAAUAUUAAUUUUUAAAAAAUUAAAUAAUAUUAAGUUUACAUUCUUAUUACAGAUAUUUAUAUAUUGAAAGAUCAUUUCCAUUUAUUCUAUUGGAUUUAUUUUUUCAAAGUGUGAAAUAUUCUGUAAAAAUAAAGAAAAAUAAAAAAAAAUCAAUUAUUUAUAUAUUUAUUUUGUUCCGAUUAGUAGUGGGAUGACGAUAUCAUUGUUAAACAAAAUGUCUCUUAAUUAAUAUUGAUGCCCAAGCUUUCUACAAAACGGAACACCAAAUUGUUGUCUGAAUAUAUUUCUUAGCCGCUUUAAAAAAAAAUGUUCCGUAGAUAGAAAUGUGACUUAGCCUUCAUAGUCGGAUGAUCCACAAAAAAGUUUGGGCAACGCACGCAGAGGAGAAGCAGUCUGUAGUUACGGGUUUCUUUGAUAGCUGUGCCCGGGACACUCGGUGGUUAUAGUCAGUGCCGUCUUAAGGCAUGGACCACUGGGCACGGGCCCAGGGCCUCACAUUUCUAGAGGGCCUAUCUCUUAUAGAGGCAUCGUGCUGCAAAUAUUGUUAAUGACAACUGAAAGAUUUUGGCAAUUUAAUUGAUUUAAAAGUCAAUGGACAGCACGUUUCUAAAUUUUAACCCACGAUAUUAUCGGCAAUUUCCCAAAUUAAUAUUAUAAAUGCGAAUCACAAGCUAGAUUAUUCUUAAAGGGGAAUAACUCUCGUCAAAAAGUUUUACUGCUCCCAUAUAUGAAUCGAAUUUUAUUUUUUUUUAAAGUAAGAAUUUGUGAUAAAAGUCAUAUUAAACUAAGAUGUUAGUCUCAUACUCGAGGGGGGCUCGCGCCUCUAGGGGGCGUGAUGCCUCUAGUGAACCUCACACCUCAAAGGCGUCUCACGCUAAUAGAGGCAUUAUGCUGCCAAUAUUAUUAGCGAAUAUUGAACCAUUUUCGGCAAUUUAUUUUGCUUUUCAAGACCGUUUCUCCAAUUUAAAUUUAAACUAAUUUUUCAAUUCUCACAUCAAAAAAAAAAACUAUUUUGUUACUAGCUUUAGAAAAAAAAAAUUUAAAAUAAAUUAUCAAUUUGAAAAAAAAAAUCCAAAUCUUGGUGGGCGAUUUGGGGUGGGGGGUGGGGGUGGGGGGGGGGUAAUCAAAGAAUCUUACAAUAGGCACCAAAAAUUUAUUAUUGUAUAAUUAAAAUAAAGUACUAUACAGUUCAAGUAGUUAGAAUUCCAAAUAAUCUUUUUAAGUUUACUUCAUUUUAAAAAUCCUUUUUAUUAACUUCUCGUUUGUUCGUUGGUGGCUGGCUGAGUGGCAAAAUCUUCAGACGCCUAAAUGAUCCACUUCCCAUCAAGCUAUCGAGCUGAAACUGGUAAUAACUGUUGCCGAUGACAACACGUUCUAUGAAAUGUGCAGCCGCACCUCCUAAACCUAAAUAUAAAGCCCCAAAAAGGUGAAGAUGAAAGAAAUGUGACGCCACUGAUUUCAAGGGGAGAAAUUCCCGAUAACUGCGCUAAAUAUUCUUUUUAAAAAAGUAUCGCAAGUGAGAUUGUUGCGUAAUAUAGGCCUAUACUUUUUCUAGGAAAAAAAAGGUAAAUUUAAUGAGCGGUGCAAAGCGGAUGGGCCAUUAGAAUUUUAAUAUAGUUCAGAGGCGUCAACAACAAAAAUAAUGGGGUUGCGGACUUGGAAAAGGGGGGGGGGGGCAUUAUUUUAAAAAAAAUUUUUUUUAGAUGCGUUCCUUGUAAUAAAAAGAGGUGUUUUAAAAAGAAUUUUUUCACUCUCGCUAAGCCUCUGAAUCUUUCCCAACCUUUUUCGUGAAAAGAAUAAAGGUGUCAUUUUUUAUCAACAACAAAAAUAAUGGGGUUGCGGACUUGGAAAAGGGGGGGGGGGGCAUUAUUUUAAAAAAAAUUUUUUUUAGAUGCGUUCCUUGUAAUAAAAAGAGGUGCUUUAAAACGAAUCUUGUCACUCUCGCUACGCCUCUGAAUCUUUCCCAACCUUCUUCGUGAAAAGAAUAAAGGUGUCAUUUUUUUUAAAAACACUAAUCAGUGUUUCUAUUCUCUCCACAAACCAAAUCGCCCCCUGCGUUAAGAGUGCCCCCUGGGUUGGGUGGAACACACUGAGAGAUGCUACUAUUUCAACUUCCACCCACUACGGAGGUACGCGGAGGCCGCGGCAGCGUGCCAGGUAAAUGUGAAGUUUUCCGACCAAACUAAAUUAAUUUUUAAAGAAUUUUUUUAUAUUUUAUUUUAGAUUACCUUCCUAACAUAUAUUCAUAUGGUAGGAAUAAUUAUGGUAGUAGUUAAUUGCUAAUUGGAGUUGUAUGUCUCAUAAACAUGUUUCCUCUUUUUAUAGAACAUUUCCUAUUUAGUCUUUAAACGGUGGUUCCCAAAAUGUGAGCCACGGUGCAAUGGGAACAGCAAAAUGUUAUAAACUUUCAAUUCAGUGCGAUGAGAAGCGACGUCUAGCAGACAUCGUGCAAACCAGUAACUCACUUAAUAAUAACUUUUCAGCUGGUCUCUACAAAAUGAGACAGGAUUACUUCUUUUGUGAUCUUAAACGUGUGUUUAAAUUAUGUUUAAAAUACGUUUUUGUUCGAUAUUACGGUGCAAUUGUUAGAAUUUAAUAUAGGGUGCCGUGGGAAAACCUGGAUACAAGAAGUAAGCACGGGAAUUGAAAAAAUUUGAGAACCACUGUCUUGGAUUUAAUUCAUAGCAAACUCAUUCAAAACAUUUUUUUUUUUUAAAUUUAAAAAAUAACAAUAAAUGAGUUUUUGCACGGGGUCUUUUGUUUUCAAUGGUAACUUUCUUCACGGUUUUUAUUUUAUUACUUUAAACUCCUCGCUAGCUGUAAUCUCUCUUGAAACCAGCAGAAAUGUCUUAACUCAAUGAAACCUUAAAUUAUUAAGAGAUAAGGAUACCUCCGUGAUCACUUCAAAAGAGAUUUUUCGUCUCGAUAGGGCGAAAAAUGUCAACUUUACAGCCUUGUGGUCAGGUUUUGACCCAAUCAGUCAUUGAUUUUGUAGGGUAGUUUUUUAAGUAACCACUAACGCACUAUCAAAUUUUUAAAAAACCAUAGGCCUAUAUUAUUUAUUUACAUUACGUGAGGACCGGCUCUAAAAAAAGGGGGGGGGGGGCGAAAUGGACCCCGCGCGUAGCACUUAUAUACUAUAUAUAUUAUAAAUUAUUCUUAUAGCCAGGCUUUGCCUACUCAUAGAUCUAUAUUUCAAGACAACACAAUGUUCGGAGGUACAAAAGAAUCAAGCGAUCAUUAUGUAUGGCUAAAUAAGAAAGUGGGGACGGCGUCCUGUUUGCUGUCCACACCGUCAUCAAGUUGGUGCAGACUUCGACUGUGCAACUUGAUGUAGCCAUUACACAUGACCAAGGUCUAAUCUGUGUCUUCACCAAGUACAGAGAAGAAGGAAUAUGUGAAUCUAGAGAUAAGACACAACAGACGCCCAAAACAGCUUUCAGGGUGGACUUUUUCUCAUGAUGAGUAGACCAAUGGAAUCAUUGAAGACAUGUUUUCCAACGACUGCAACUUCUUAACAUUUAAACUUUUUACAUGGAUUAAACACAUAUUUUUGGCCUCAACAAAUCCGCGGUGUGUAGCCUACCAACUGUAUAUGACUAUGACGUGUAUAUAAUACCAGAGGUCCCGAAAUAUUUGAUUCGCCGAAAGCCCCACACCCCACUAACCACGGCCAUGAUUAUUUCCUGUCCUUUCCCCCCUGAAUAAUAUUGUAAACAAUACACGUGUUGUUCUGAACACAUGUGUUGUUUUGUUGUAUUUUCCCAUCAAGCUUUGGUCACCAUGAGUCUCUAAAAUACUUUCGCCUUUUGAACUAGGCCGAACUAGUGUGGCAUGAUUUGACGCGUUCCUCGGACAGUAUUUCCCUGUCCAGUUCUUUGCACGUAUUUCUAAAUAUUACUUUGUGCAACUGACGCCCAGUUAAAUAAGUGAAUCACGGUUAGGCUGGUCAGGAAAACAGACAGCUGAUGAAGUAUGGGCGAAUGUAUGAUAAUCGAUUUCACUGUUUUCAGACGGACGGCGCCUAUUUGGUGAGCAUCAAUGACGAUGAGGAAUUUAAUUUUGUUUCUGAUUGGCUGACGAAACACGAUCAAAACAGGUAGGACUUUGUUUCUGAUUGGAUGACAAGACACGACCAAAAUGUGUAGAGCGUUGUUUCUAAUUGGCUGCAGAGACACAAUCAAAACAGGUAUAGCGUUGUUUCUGAUUGGAUGACGAGAAACGAUAAAUUGUAAGAAAGGAGGUGGGUUUAUUAAACGAUUGAAAAUUAUUUCUUUAAUAUUUAAACCACUGUCCUGCAUGCUCGCAUCGCGUAAUUUUAUACAUUUGUAUAUAGGCCUAGGCAAAAGGGCGGCAGCGGAAGUCGAUGAGAGAAGUUUAAGGUUUCCGCUCCCAAACACUUUUGUUUUUUUUUAAAUAAGAGAAAAAAAAAUAGGUCUAUGCAUACUCCCUAAUAUUAAAGUAUAAUUUCCAGGUCUCACAAAUUGAAAGAGCCUGUAGAAGAUGCAAACAUUAAUUUUACAAAAUAGCAUCUGCAAUAAAAUAUCUUGUACAAAACUUGAGAGUUUCGCGAGUCUAGUGUUCGUCUACACCUUACAUGGGAGAGCUAAAUCAAAGUUCAGGGUGAAUAUUCAAGGGAAUUUCAGAUUAGACGAGGCUCAGGGUAAAGGACUCACUGACUUGCAUGCUAUUUAACCUACCAGUAGAGAGAGUUAUAAUAUAAGAAGCAUACAUUUUGACACCCGAGGAACAAUCACAAGAUUUUACUGAGGGAAACCCAAAACGCAAAAUCCAAUUGACUGAAUUUAUUAAAAAACAAACUCUCAACUAUGAUCCAUCCUCAGGGGCACUAAAAUAAGAGACGACACUAAAAUAAGAGAUGACCCAAAAUUUAAAGAGAUAAACUGUACUCGAUUACCCUUUAUUUCAGAGGCAAUCAGUGGUGGAAAACUGUACUCCAUUACCCUUUAUUUCAGAGGCAAUCGGUGGUGGACCAGUGGUAUCGGUAAGGGUGACACAUUGCGUUGGGAAGGGGAUGGAACUCCUGCAUCUUCAUCGCCUUUUUUCUGGCAAGAUGAAAAUGAUCUCAACUCUCUGGAAAAUGGAGAAAAUGUGGUAUUUUUAUUUACCGGUUAGCAAGUCAAGUAAUCUCUUUAACUUGCCAUAAUUUAAAUACUCUGACUUACUGCCAAUAUUUAUAAAUUAUAUUUAGUAACAUAAUUUCUCUUCAUCUAAAUAAAAUUCUUUACCUCUGGCAUUGAGGCCUUACAUUGUCCUCCCAAAUUUAACAUUAUUUAUAUUUUAUAUAGAAUAUAUUUUUUUAUCAAUUAAUAUCAUUUUGUAAAUUUUAUAUUGUCUUACUUAAAUAUUAAAAACUAAAGUAGGCCUAUUUGCCUGCUAUGUUAAAAAUAAUACUAAUUAAAUUUUAUUUUGUAUUUAUUUUAUUUUGUCUUAAAGUUUGAAGAUUAAAAAAAAAAAUUCUUAUGUUGACGUUAAAUAGAAUACUAAAAAAAACAACUAAAAAUUAGUAUUUGAACUAUUUGGUCAGAUUUUUAUUAAUUUGUUUAUUGAAAUUAUUUAUAAAAUCAUUUCUUUUAAACUUCUUAAUCUUAGCCUUAUCUAGUCAGUUUAAAUGGGGUAGAUCAAUGCCUAAUAUGAUGUCAUCUUUUGUGUGUGAGAUCAGCUUGAAUGAAGCAUACAGGAUUGUCCAGCAGGAUCGGGAUCAUAGUAAGAAAGACAUAAGCUUUGUUUAGCUGCCUGUAUCUUUUGAAAUAAGGACUUAGUUUGAUUAACUUAACCAUUCAAUUGUCCAUUCUUACAAAAGUUAAUUAAAUAUCCUAUCAUUUUGUAUCAUUGUUUUCUAACACAGUGUUUGGGACUGACAUAACAGAUCCUAAUGAAAUAAAACUUGGACCCAAAUUCAUAGAACAGCCCCAGACUCUUGUCAUUGAAGGAAAAUUAGAUUAUGCUCAAAUAGAAUGUGUAGCUCAUAGGUGUGUAGCUAAGUUUUUUUGGUUUUUGUGUAAAGAGAGUUUGAAUUAGUAAAAGUUUAGUUCUCUGUUUACUGUUUACCAAUUUCUGUCUGUAGUAUUAACAUUUGUGACAUCUGUGUUGAUAAAUUUUUUUUCAAGUUUAUCAUUCACACAGUUAUGGGCUGUAAAUAUUUAAUGAAUUUAAGAAAAGUUGACUUUACUGUAAACGAUUUAAUUCGUACAUCCUGUUUCGUUUUCAUCUUGACAUAUUUAACAAUAUUUUGUUCAAUUUUACUUCCCUAAAGCAAUCCCCAACCCACUUAUGUCUGGUAUAAAAGUUCUGGAGUCAGACCUCCAGCCCAGGUGACUUCUAACGAGCACUACACAAUGACAAAUGGGAAACUUGUCAUAGCUAGACCCGAUGAGAUCAGAGACGAGGGAAUGUAUCAGUGCCUGGCUACAAAUGAAUUGGGCUCAGUCAUCUCAAACCCAAUAUCAGUCAAUUUUGGAUGUAAUUUCUUUCUUUGAUAAAAUGUUCUUUAUAAACAGCAAAUCAAUAGUAAAAAAAAAUGUAUAUUAGGUAUUAAAUAGCGAAAUAUUAGAUGUAUCAGUAGGAAAGAUAUAAAUAUAUGUCCAUUAAAAUAUCAACCUAUUUUUAAGUUUCAAAAAAUCUUUUGCAUCAAUAAAAGUUUAAGUUAAAUAAAUAAUUGGAUAUUUUUGUAUAAUACAUAAUAAUUGUUUGCGCUCUUGUUAGAAUUUAUGAAAGAGUUUUGGAAUAUGGCAAAAUUUUGUGUUGUCGACAAAAUUCAACAAAAGUUCCGCAUAAGAAGAUAAUUGAUGGACUGGAUGCUCAUUCAUUUAGAAACAUUCAUCAUAUGAGUGGUGCUAUAUGCACAUUUGGAUCUUGAAGGUCUUUGCUCAUUUCUAAUACUUUCUAAUAAAAUUUAUAUAUAUCACCUAGGAUAAUAAUAAAACUGAGAUGAAUGAAAAUUGAAAUUGUAUAAUUAAAUGAACAUUAAUUUAUUGUGUCAUUAAAAAACAAAUAAACAUUUCAGAUCUGUUUGAGUUCUCUAAUGAUCCACCUGGAUCCGUCACAGCCAGACAAUACAAAGGGACAGUUGUUAGUUGCAGAACACCAGCUUAUAAUCCAGGUAUAAUUGAAGAAAACUACUCAAUUAAAAGAAGAGUUAAUAAAAAAAAUCUGCUCAAUACCGGACACAGACUUUUAUAACUUGUUACAGGAUAUGUUUUCAAAUAAUUGCAGAUGGAAAUCUGUUAUUUUAAGUAAAUGAAAUCUUGUAUUUUUUUUUGUUAGCCAUCGAUGUGAAAUGGUACAAAGAGGAUGGAGGUGCCAACUUCCUGCGUACAGACCUCCAUCCGCAUCAGUUUGUCUCACGCAAUGGGAAGUUUUACCUUUCAGAAACUUCAACACCUGAUGCGGGUGAGUUACUGAGUUGUUUACUUGCAGAGAUCAAAACAAAAAAAAACAUGUAAUGCAGGUUGUUAAGGAACAUAAACUCUAUAAAUAUCCAUGAAACUGGUCACCUGUAUUAAUUUGGAAACUUAUCUCAGUGUUAAAUACAUUUUUCUGUUCUAAGGUUUGAAAAUGUGAGUUUACAACUCAUGAACACUUUGUAAUCAGCUGGUUUUUCUUUUGGAACUUUUUCAUAUUCAUCGUCUUUUGGGUUAAAGAUUCUACAGGCUAACCACAAUAGGCUAUUGUUUUGAAGAACAGAAAUUCUUUCAUCUAGGAUCUGGCAGAAUUUCAACUGCUAAUAAUGUAGAACAGUAUCAUGAUGUCAAAUAUUAUACAAAUACCGUUUAUCUCAACUAACUCUUUAUUUCAAUGACUAUUUUUCUCAUAGAAUCUCACAAUGUAUUUAUUCUCAACCAUGUCAAAUCUCCAGGCUACUACCAUUGUUUUGUUACCUUGGUUCCACAUGCUGGCCAAGUCCUGGCCACACUACAGACCCCAAGUAGAACAAGUCUUGGAAUACACCUGAUUAUUGUUGGAGAUUGUAAGUGAGCACUAAAGCAGAUAGGUGCAGUACAUUUUGAUCAAAUUUAAAUGAGAUGAAGGAAAUUUAAUUGUGAAAAUGUUUGCCAUAUUUUAAAAAAAUUGAAUGAUCUUCCACUAAGUUAAAUAUUUGACUGUUUAAAUUUUAACUGUAAGAAAUGGUGAUGUUAAAUGUUUGCAUGUUUAAAUUUAACUGUCAGAACUGGUGAUUAAUUGUAAAUGUCUAUGAUAAUAAACAGCUCCAAGUGAUUAUGGUCCAGAAAUUCACAAUGAUUUCCCGGCUGUGUUCCCCACUCCAGCCUUGAGGGGAGAAAUUCUGACACUUGAGUGCUUUGCUUAUGGCAAGUAAGCUGAGAUAAAAUUCUUAAGUUACUAUUAAACAUUAUUUUUUUUACCUAACAAACUGUCCCAGAGAAAAUGCAAAUGAUAAUUACUGUUAUUGAAAAAAAUAUUAAGAGUUAAGAACACUAUUUAUUUUUUAGAAAGUUGUAUUAUACCCGGUAGUUGUAAAUAAAAAGACCAGAAUGAUCUGUCCCCUCCUUUCAGAGCUGGUGAAGUCUGUCAUCCUUGUUAUUAUGUGAGUGAUAUUCAGAUACUUCUUUGUCUCUAAACAGAUUUUAUUUCUUUUUUGCCUUCUGUAAUUGUUGUGUUCCUGUCAGUGGCACAGCAAGAGAUUGAGCCACUAGGUAUGGUCUUUGAAUUUGCCUCUUUCCAACCCCCCCCCCCCCCCCGAAAAAAAACACAACUAAAACACAAAAAGAUAAUAUGAACAAGAGAAAAAAAAUACUCUUCCCCUAGAAGUAUGAGUUGCAUUUGUUCAAGUUAAGACAUUCCAGUUUGAUGGAUCUAAAAAAAUGACGCAGUUUGUUAAAAUCCAUGAUGUUAACUAUCUACCAAAGACACCCGACUACACCAACACACUCUAUACAAAGGACAGAGUGUGUAAAUUCUUCACCAUGGUCUCGGGUCAAAGGCCACAUUCCCAAAUGACUACUGGAACUGAAUGAUGAAGCUGAUUUUAAUCCAUGACAUACAUAAAUUACUGCUAUUAUAAAUAAUUUGAAACAUAUGUUCAUUAGGAUAUUAAAAGCAUCCUAAAGCUUUGAAGCCUGGCCACAAUAAUUGAUGCAUAAAUGUAUACACAUAUUAGGUUACCUCUCCAUUACUCUUGGAGGAAAAAUGGCGGUCAAAUGCCAGAUAAAGCUGAGUACUCAGAACAUGGCCGCGUGAUAACCCUGCCCAACGCGCAGUUGGAGGAUGCUGGCAACUACACCUGUCGUGUUGACCGAGGCAGUAGUGCUGUGGCAGAGAAGUCCCUGAGUGUAAUAAUAGAAGGUGACCUGUUUUCUACUUUCGUCAGUUAACAUGGAGUGUUAUUGUAUGGAUGGAAAUGAAAACUUUUAUUAAGGAUAAAUGCUUUUACAUAAGUAAACUUUUAAUCAAGCCAAAUAAUAACUUUUAACAGAAAAUAACAACUAAAUAGGAAACGUGAAUCAGAAUAAUAAAUUAUUGAAUUAUUAGGACAUAGCCUAGAAAAAAAUAUUGCCUUAUCUCUUCACAGCCAAACCUUUCUUCGCCUUCCCAUUGAAGGACCAACACAUAGAUGUUGGCCGCCCUCUAACCUGGAGAUGUGAAGCUAUGGGAGUACCCAGGCCGACAUACACCUGGUAUAAAAAUGGGAAACAACUGACCGAAAGUGAAGAGGAUGUAGAGGUAAAUAUUGCAUGAGAGAAUAAACAAAAGAAAUUUUGUACUUUUUAUGAAACUAACAAAAUUUAAUUUAAAAAUGAGCAAAUAAAUAUUACCACUCUAUUAAGCUCUACUUUAUGUACUACACCCAUAAUUUGUUAAGUUUCAUCCCACAUAUGAAAUAAAACUGUGAUGGCAUGUUUUGUUGUAUUAUUCAGUGUUUAUGUAUUUAGCUACCUGUUUUCAAUAUGCAGACUGCAUCACCUGUCCUUGUUACAUGUCUGCUUGAUGAUGUCACUUUGAAAAUGAACAAGUAAUAUUUCUUUAUUUUCCAAAAACAUUUUUUUAAUCAAUUGUUUUAUACAUCACCUAAAUAAAAAAACAAAAUGUUCUAAUAAUAAAUGUAUACCACCUAGGUACGGAUUAACAUUCUCACAAUCGCAAGCGCACAGCCAGACAAGCAUCAGGGCAUGUAUCAGUGUGGAGCAACCAAUGCCCAUGGCACAACUAUUAGCAGCGCUCAGCUGAGAGUCUUGUGUGAGGAAUUUUUUAUUUACUAUUGCUUUUAAAAUAUUCAUAAGUCGCAUAAAUUAAACUUAAUUGUUUAAACCUUAACAUUCAAGAUAAAACCCAGCCAUCUAGUUUUUACUUUAGGGACGUUCGAGAAUUUGUGACAGGGGGAGGGGGGUCAAAAAAUUUGUGACAUCACUUUUUAUUUCUAAAAUCUAACAUUUUCUAAUGUUGAAAAAAUCUUUAUUUAAUUAAUUUUAAAAACAUUAAUUUGCUGUCGCAAUUGCCUCGGUUAUUAUAGGUACCAUGAAAUUCACUUUUCUAAUAAUACUACAUCUUAAUCCAUUAUGGGAAAAUUUUAAAGAUUAAAAUAAAAUCUUAGUUUAGUUAUGAAAAUUGCAUGUAUGUUUUGAAUUUUUUUAGGUGUGACGUGACUCUGGGAGUGGGAGGGGGGUGUAAAAAAUUGUGACACUUCGUGGCGGGGGGGAGUGGGGGUCUAAUAAGGUCAUUUUUAGCGUGACAUAAGUUACGAACGACCUCCAAAUCAAAUGAUUUCAGAUUGCAUAUAUUAAUGUUUUCUGUCUUGAAGCUUUCAAGCCAUCCUUCGCCAAGCGACCCAUGAACCCGUACCAGAUGGGCACAGAGGGAGGCUCUGUGACUAUUUUGUGCCAACCAGAAGCUGCCCCAGCCCCUAUCUUAACGUGGAAGAAAAAUGGAGCACCUCUCUCUGCUUCAGGUUGUUGUCUUGAUAUGUUGAAUGGUCGAAGGAGUCCUAAAUUUAAAACUUGAUUAUUUUAACAUACCUCAAAUGUGGAGAUCUUCUUAUUUUACCCUUGUUAUUUAAAAUUUAAUAAAAUAUUUCUGGAAUAAAGAAGUGAAAUUUGUUAUUUAUAUACAAUGCAAACGUUUUCUCCCUUUGCUCGUUUAUAGAGAAAUCUUAAUUUUGUACUUGAUAAAUACAGUACCGGUAUAUUAAAAUUAAAGUUUUCUUUAAAAACAACUUUUUAAAAAGAAGCAACCUAUGUGUAUAUUUCGAGUAAAAAAGUGAACAUUAGGAAGUUUAUCUUAUGUGUUUUAAAUAGCCCCCAGAUAAACUUGCAAUUUUAAUCACCUUCAAUUCAUCCAGAUCCCGCAGGACGAAUUUCUCAGCUCUCAAAUGGGAACUUAGUGAUCAAAGACUUACACGCCAUUGAUAAGGGGACUUAUGAAUGCACAGCUGUCAAUGAAAAGGGCUCAGCCAGUAGCUCAGGGGUACUUACGGUUGUUGGUAGGUCUUCACCUUAUAGGGAUAAAAUAAUGUAAUUGUUAGUUUACCAGUUUAAGAUAGGAGCCAUUUGGAUAACGGAUCAAACAGCAAGAAAAUAUGAGGACUAGACACCUAAAAGAAGAGAUUCCCUGGACCCCCAAAUCAACAAGGCAGAAUAAAAGAGCAGCAAUAAUAUAGGUGGGGGGGGGGGGAGACAAGGAAGAAAAAAGCUUGGUUUGGAGGGGGGGGGACCGUGGCCUGGCGUAACAAAAAAAAAAAAAAAAAAACAACAUGAUGACACUGUAAGAGACAAAAAGAUAGCCAAAAGGACACAAUGGAUGAACCAUGGACCUUCUAUUGAAAGCAUUGAAUCGUAAAACUGUCAUUAAGGAGAAAGGAAAAGUUAAACAAGUUGAAAAGCUUUUCAACCCCACCUCACCUGGCUUAGGUCAAGGCAACCAUAUGCCAGCAGAAAAAUGGUGAGGCACCAAUAAAUAUCAGAAUGUGCAACUGUGAUGCUUAAGGCAGAACACAAGACAAUGCCCAUCACUCUGUUGAUCAGCGUGCUAGAACACCACUACCUUAUCAGAGAAGAAGGUUGAAGUUUUCCAGAUCAAAUGCCUACACAGGGUCUAUGGGAAAAGUUGAUCAUGGACAAGCUCCAAUGAAGAACUGAGUGCAAGCAAAUUCAUUUUCCUAUAUCAGCACUCAGAUGGACAGCACUUGAAAAAUGAAACCUGAAAAGACCCACUAGACUCGAUGCAAAAAAAUCGAGAAAGAUCUGGGGAAAAAAACUGACCCUUCUGAUAGCUCUCAUAGAAGAAGCUGAUAGAUUGCAGCUGCCUUUCUAUGUUAGCUUCAGGCGCCGGUUGACACAUGAAGACUGAAUCAAUGUAUAUUCCUUUUUAAAAAAAUUGUAGGUAAUGUACCUCUUUGAUGAUUGCUAAAGUAAAAAAAAAAUUAAAUGCAUUUUGUGUAGAAAAUGUGAAUUAAAUUGAAAUUGAUUUGCUAUAUGUCUUUCCUCUUAGCAAAGACUGUCAUGACUGUCAAACCAUCAGAUACCCGUGUCAAUGUCAACGGAACAGCUUUCCUGGCAUGUCAAAGUUCCUUUGACCCUAAAGUAAAAGAUGUGGUCUAUGUUUGGGAUUUGAAUGCACAUCCAAUCGAUUACACCAUUGAGCCACACUUCUCAUUGGUAUGAUCCCCCCCCCCCACACUUCUCAUUGGUAUGAUUCCCCCCCCCCCCAUUUACUUUUGUUGCAAAUGUUUAAUUUAUUCCUUCUUAAAAUCAGUUCAUGUCCCUUACUUAUUUGCUAUUCCCUUCCUAUCUGGUAGGGCACCAGUGGUACUGUAACAGGGCUGUAUAUCACCAAUGCUCAGGUUUACCACACGGGUACCUAUGGCUGCUCAGCAAUCUCUGUAGAGGAUGUUAUGAGGUACACAGCAUAUCUUCAAGUGUUUGGUAAGGUGGUUUGAAACAUUCUUUUUAGUUCUCAUCACAUUCUCUACAAAAUAUUCUGCAAUGAAAUAUAUAUACAAUCUCUUAAACAUUAAUUUUCUUAAAUCUUUUCUUGAUCAUGUUAUAAUAUUUAUGGUUUCUAUAAGAUAAUGCAAGACCAAAUAUUUAAUUUUUAAAAAAUUUGAAUUCUACUAUGAAAAAGAAUGAAACAAAAUAAUAAUAUACUCCAGGUCCACCUGGUGAGUGUGGAGGGGUCAUUGCCCAGGUCACUGGAUGGGAUGCUGCUAUUAAAUGGGCUUUGGGUCCCAACAACAUGGCAGAGAUAUCCAAAUUUCAGAUUGAAUACAACACCAAUUUUAACUCUAGUUGGAGAGUCCUCAAAGAUGGUGAGUAAAUUUUAAUUUAGCUUUUGAGAUUCUAUACCUGUAGCUCAUACUCAUAUGCCAACAAAUUUACACAAAAAAAAAGCAAUUUUGCGGUAUAUAUAUUCCUAAUUAAUUCAUGCCAUUGGUCAAAUUUCUUUGCAAUUAUUUAAUAAUUAAACAGGUAGUGAAUGGGUUAAAGUUAGAAUUAUUUAAAGGUUUCAAAAUUCCUAAUAAUCAUUAAAAAUAAUAUUAAUGAAAUUUAAAAAUUGCUAAAUUUUCAUCUUUCAUUUUCUAUUUUUUCCUGUAAGAGACUAAGCCUAUUUUCACUGAUAUCAACGAAUGAUACCAAGCCAUUAUACAGUUACUUUAUUUUCCAGACAUAACAAAGGUAGGAGCUUUAGAUCCUAACAGGAAUGGAAGAUGUAUCUAUGAGGUUAAAGGCCUUAAACCAGGCUCAUCUUACAGGUUCAGGGUGAUUGCUGUCAAUUUGUAUGGUCCAAGUCCCCCAUCUUUGGCUUCAUGUAAGUUUUUUUUUAAAACUUUAAUAUUUUUAAAUUGAUUUAAAUUUAAUAUUAUGAUUUUUUUUCCUCUAACUGCUCUGUAGAGAUCAUUCUGCAUAUAAUUUGUUACAUCUCAAUGAAAUUUAUUCUAAUAUUUAAAAAUUGUUACAAUCUGUGAACACUUUCUCAUACACAAGAACUCAAUUUUAUGAGAAGUUUGAAAUACAUUUCUUUUUUUAAUUUCAAUAGAAGAAGUUUGGGUAAACAAACAUGAGCCCAUAUCUAAAUCAUUAUCAUGACAGGAUAUUCCAUAGCACAAGAUGGAUAACAUGUCCAAGGCCCCUGAAGCUCAAGGGGCCUUGAUCCAUGCUUAAAAGGUUAAAUAUAUUGAGAGAGAAAGGGAUACCCCUUUUGGCUGUGCAUAGUGCCCCCAAAGUUCUUAAUCUGUUAUUAAUCCAGACUUUCCUCAUUAAUUUAGUCUUUUUAACUAGUAAAAAAAAAUUGCAACAUUUUAUUUGAAUUUAUUCAUCAUUCCAAUCCGGCGGCUAUUUGGAAAUAUGCCCUGGGCCCAAGGCCAUGCUAAUUAUUGUCAAAGACCAUUAUCUAUAUUUUAAAAGUAAUAUUGAUCUUACCUCUACUACAAAUAACCCACCAAAAAAUGGUGCAUAUAUUUCCCAUCUACUAAAGUUAUUGACAAAACAUGAAUCCAAGUAAAGCACUUUAUAAGAAGCCCAAUGAAGUGCAAACUUCUGAGAAUUAUAUUUUGUGCUCCUAUUGAACACAGCAUUACAGCCAAACAUAAAUUAUUAUUUGUGAUGUUUAGGCUUAUCAAAUCGACAAAUGUUUUUUUUUUUUUAUUUUAUUUUAGCCUGUUCCAUUCCUGGGAUGUAUGUUGCUGUAGCCUAAAUUUUGUUAUACUUCUUUUUCUCAUUUCAGCGUUCUAUAAAAUUCCUGAUGCUGCACCAGUCAUCCCUGUCACAGGGAUCAGAGAGGGUUGGGGGCCUGUUGGAACUCUGGUGGUUGAGUGGGAUGUAAGUGCAAAAAUCGAAAUCUCAAAAAAAAAUUUAAUUGGUCUAAUCAGGUCUAAUUUUUAAAUCCUUUACAUUAACUUUGCUUUUGUUCGUGUGUUUCUUUCUUUAUUGCUUUGUGGCAGUAAAUCUUUCAGAAAGCUAAUUGACCCACUUCUUAUAAUCCUAAAGAGCUGAAAUUUGGCAUAUAAACUCAUUGCAGACGACAAGAAAUUCUUUCAAAUUUUCAGCCUCACUCCCAACCUCUAAAAAUAAAAUUUUCCUGUUUUUUAAGCGGGGGAGGAACGUUAAUGACUUGUUCGAUGGUCAUUUUUUUCUGGUGUGGAUAUUAAAUGUGUAGUUGUUGCUAAGUGCUUUGUAUUUGUGACCUAUUUGGAUUUAAAUAUAUCUUUAGUCUAUUAGGUUUUAGUUUUAGACGCACUAAGUUUGAUAAAAACCAUUCCCAUGCCAAAAAAUCAGUUGCUACAAUCUUAUAUAUAUUAAAUCACAUACAUUUACAUAAAUGCAACUACAAAAAAAUGCAUAUAAAAAAAAUCUUGUUUUUAGGGGUUGUUUAAUUUCCCUCAUAAUUUCAAAAAUUGUAAAAAUAAGUUUUAAGCCUUUGUCUUCUUUGCAAACUAUUAAUUCUUUGCACCAUACAUGUAAAAAAAAAGGUCAGAUAAUGAUUUUUCCUUAAGACCAUGAUGAGAAAUGCUAUAUUUUGAAAUAUUUUUCUUUACAGCCUCUACCAUUAGAGGAUUUAACAGGGAAUGAUAUUGGCUACAAGAUUUACUACCGAAAGAAAGACGUCAACAGUGAAGUUAAAUGGAGUGUUGUAAGUUUAAAAAAUGUCAAUUCUAUGUUAUGCAUUCGCUAGCACAAUACCGGUAUCUGAAAUGAAGCCUUUGCCUGACUUAACACUUUGAUUUGGAUGUGGCAUUUCCAUGCUGAUUUUUCACUGACUAGUCUUUCAAAAAUGUCAGAGUAAAAAUGAGCAAAGUAUUAAAUAAACUGAUACAUUUUUUAAGGCUAAUCAUGGUCUGAGAUUUGGGCUUUAUAAAAUGGUUUUACCAAUUUUAAACAUUAACAAAGAAAGAUAUCUUACCUAAAUCAUUGUGCAAUCAACUGAUAUGCGUCCAAAAGGCGAUAAUUCUACAUGUUGAUGUAUUAGCAGUCUUUUUUAAAGAAAUAAAAUAUAUAUUUCAAAAAAUUGUGUUAAGCAAGUGAAACGAUACAUUUUUAAAAUUAAAAACAAGUGAUAUGAAUUUAUAAAUUAAAGUUGAAAUGUCAGCUGUACAAUGCCAUUUAUUUUCCUCUAUUUCUUCCUUUUGAUAUUCUAAAGGAAUUCUAUUAAAUCCAAGGUUAUUAAUAUUAUACUAGGAGUAGGAGUGAAAGCAACAGUAAGUAUUUUCAGCCCUCCCAGAGAUAGGGGGGAGUAAAAGCAAGAGAAGAAAUUGCAAAAAUCAUUUUCAACAUAAGAAAGAAAACAUUCUGGAAAAUCAGCACACAUCUUCUGCUAAAUGUUAGAAUAUCAGGUAAUAUCAAUUUGCAGUAAUUAUUAUUUACAGGGAGAGGUUUUAGGCAUGGAGAAUAAAUAUUCUGCUCUUGUUGGAGUGGAUAACUACUAUCUGGAGUAUGAAAUCAAAAUAGCAGCAUUCAAUGCACUUGGCCAGGGUCCCAACUCAAGUGUACAAGUCAUCAUGUCACAGGGUGACAGUGAGUAUCUCAAGGACACGAUCAGCAAUCUGUUAUGUAAACUAGAUGACAAUUUUGUUUUUAAUCCCUCUGUCUUUCUCAAUUACAUUUCUGUUUUUUACAAAAUUUUCCUUUACUGUCUAGAGUUGCACAUAAUCUAUAAAAAAGUCGGUUGUUAUCAAGCUUUACUUUGUGCUAUUAAACAUUUAAUCCAAGAUUCUGCUGCCUCUCUACUGUCUCACUACUACACACAAGCAAUCAACAGCAAAAUUUCAUAAAGCACUCCAAACCAAAAUGGCAUACACAAAACUAGGAUUUUAUAUCUGACACAAAUAAGAAUUUUUUUUUUAAGAUUCAUUACAACAAAAAAAAAUUAUGAACAAAACUGCCAAUCCUGAGUACUACAGAAUAAGAUGAGCUUAAUUUUAAAGCACAGUACAAUUCUUUAAUAUUUUUUUUCCUCCGCACAUCAUUCCAGUCAUGAUGAUGUCUUAAUAUCUGUUUCAGUGCCAGUAGGAGUGCCCAGUAAUGUCUUUAUUGAGCCGUACAACAGCACUGCUUUUGUGGUGCACUGGACUCCAAUACCACUCCUACGAGAAUACAUCAGGGGAAGGGUUAUUGGUUACGGGGUGGGUAUGUGUUAUUGUUUCUGACGAUAAGUCAAUAACUUUAUUCCUUUUUGUCAUAAAUGUACAAACUUGAAUGCUGGUAUAUAGAGUGUUAAUCUGAUGUUCCAGUAAUAUGUGGAUGCAUGGCCCUGAAGAUAGCCAAGUCUAUUCCAAUCUUAGUUUUCAACUACUUCGACAACACAGUUAUUAACAAAAUUAGCUUUCUCAGAUUUGUAUGGCAGAACUUAAUUUCCUUAAGAGUGACAGAUUAUAUACUUCUGAAACUUAGUCCUGUGAUCACUUCAGUUGUUCAAAGAGAAAAAUUAUCACUUCAAAAUUUAAGUAGGAUGCUGCAACUUAAAAGCCAUAUUUCAGUUUGGGAUGACAAAUUGUCAAUUGAUUUUUUUGCUUGAGACAUAAAUGAAUUAAAUACCACUUGCUUGAAACAGCAACCUUGAUUUAUGAAUUCAAAACAUAUCUGUAACUUUGCAAGAAUAUUACUUUGUUACAUCCUAAUAAUUCUUGUUGGAUUUUAUUUGCUUGCUUAUGAAUAGUUUAAAAAAAUAAUAAUGUCUGAAGCAUGAAGACCUAAAUUUUCUCAUUUUAGAGCAAACAAAAUUAUCAGGCAUGGAUAUAUAUUUCACAUAUUGAUGAAAUGGUUUUUAUCAUUAAAGUGUAGAUCUGAGGAAUUCAGACCAACAUUAUUUAGCCUAGCUGUGUGAUUUUAUGUCUAUAAUAAAACACAUUUUUUUGAGGCAGGAAUCCUAGUAACUUUCAAAAAGAGAAUGAAGCAGCAACAGCAUAUAUAUAUAUAUAUAUAUAUAUAUAUAUAUAUAUAUAUAUAGUUUCUGUUAUUAAGGAAGUCUCAACGUUUUCAUCAGUAAGAAGGUCUCAUUUUUUUCAUCCUGAUUUUGUUUGUACCAAGUUUUACAUACCCACUUACCAACUCUUAUGGCAGAUCAACUAUUGGAAGCCUGGUGAAAGCAUGGAGACAUCCAACAUGUAUUGUACUGAUGAUUGUAGCUCAGAGAUAAUAGUGGGCCUGGAGCCAACUGAAAACUACUGGGUCAACGUCCAGGUGGUUACUACGGCCGGCAUGGGAACCCUCAGUGAGGACUAUUACGCUGGGACAAACAACUUUCGUAAGAACUUAACGUCUUUGCUUUCUGGUUGUGCCAUAAUCAUUCAUAAUAAUUUCCAGAAUCUGUGUGUACUUUAGGCCAUAAUCAUUCAUAAUGAUAUCCAGGAUCUGUGUGUACUUUGUCCUAACUAACAUGUUCAAUGUAGGUGCAAGCUUACUGCACAGUCAAAAAUGUUGAUAUUUCUACUACAUGUGAAAUUAUAGGCCCAGAAUCACUUGACUAGCCUGAAAAUUUGACUGAAAUUGAUCUCUUUUCAGGUAUAGAGCCCGGCGUUAUUCAAAAUGCCCUUGGAAAAUAUUAAAAAAUCUCAGUGAAAUUGUUCUCUAAAUAUAUAUUAUAUAAACUUAUUUUCGUUUUUUUACAUGUAAACAUUGAGUUGGGAUCACUCAGCAUGUCAACAAUGAGUUGGGAUCACUCAACAGUGCCCUGAAUAAUGAAAAGCAUACUGUUUCUUUUUAUUGAUAAUUCUUUUUUCACAUUCUUUUUGUUUAUUUCUGCUCAUUUUGUCUUUCUGUUCAUAGUUCAUUAGUCUGAACGUUGACUUAACAGAUCUAUAUUUGAAAUGGCACUAGGAAAAAAUGAAAUCUAAUCCAUUUAACACUCUGCAUCUAGCGCCCCAGUUCUUCCCAGAGUACGUCCAUGUUAGUUCUCAUAGCGGAAAUGCUGUGUUUGUUUUGUGGAAAGGAAUCUCAACUGGCCUUAUGGAGGAGUCCCUAAUUGGGUACAAGGUAAUCAUUGGCUUCAUCAUUUAAUCAAGUUUUUUUUAACCUGUGGUCCCUGGCAAACCAUAACCAUUAGCUGCAUUUCUGUUAUUAUUUUAUUACAUGCAUUUAUGAAUGAUACAGAAGGGGAGGGGGGGGGGGGUUGUGGCCUUCAUCUGACUGGCAAAGGGGGUCCAUGUAAUUAAAAAAAAGGUAAAGAACCCCUGAAGUAGAUAAUAGCAACAAAAAAAAAGGAAUAAUAAUGACAAAAAUUGUUCCUGACUAAUUAAUCUACAUAGUCUUUGUAUGUUCAUUUAGUUUUCAUCCACCAAAAGCUGUGGCAUGCAACACUACCCCUUCCUUCACCCCUUUUUUGUUUUGAUUUUGACGUCACUGAUUACAUGUGUAGCAUCAAAACAUUUACAAAAUUAUAUAAUAUUUUUAGGAGCCUUACAAUAUUUUACUCCUUGUGAUGGAGGUGUACAUUAAUAUUUGUAUCUUUCAGGAUUAUACUUUUUCACAUGCUGUUCUAUAAAUUAAUAUACUUUAUAUUUCUGUAUAUAUUUAAAAAAAAUUAAAUUGAAUAUUGUUAAUAUGACUAGCUUUGGUAUAAUUUUUGUUUGUAUACUGGUUUUCAGUCCAUUGCUACACAUGGUUAAUUUAGCUUUUUUAAAUAAUAAUGCAGAUUAAAUUAACACACAAAAAGCGCCUUGAAUUUUUCAAUGUUUCUUUUGUAAUGAAUAUAUUGAAUACUUGGUGAAAUGUUAUUAUUUAAAUUUAAUUAUUAUAAUAUUGCUACCUUGUAGAUGAACAGAGUUAGCUUUGUAUUUACAUUCUAAAAAAUUAUUUAACAAAAUUCGGUAUAUAUUAAAAAAUUGUAUGUUCAAUUUAAUUUAAUGUAAGUGGUGAAUAAGUUCUUCUCACUGAUAUUAGCUUGAUUCUCUGGGAACAACUAGUGAUACCGUAUUCUACAAAAUUUUUAUUUUUAUUUUAGCGAACGAAUGAUGUGUGUCACCUCAUAUCCUAACUUAUGGCGGUCACUUUUUUUACAUUCAGAUUAACUAUUUAAUUAUCAAAAAGGUUUCUUAAAGUCUUAUAUACCCAAGUACUAUAACUGUGUCCAUACAUCCAUGUAUUAUUACUGUGUACAUAAACCCUUGUACUAUUACUGUGUACACACAUCCAUUUUUUAUUACUGUCCGCAUGAACCCAUGACCUAUUACUUUGUACACAAACCUAUGUACAACUGUAUACAAAUAUCCAUGAAUUAAAAUUGUAUAGACACACAUAUACUAUAAUUGUGUACACAAACCAAUGUACUACUAAUGUUUACAAAACCCAUGUAUUAUUACUGUAUAAAUUCACCCACGGCAUAUAUUUUACUGUGUACAGAAAUCCAUCUGAUAUUACUAUGUACACAAACCCAUGUAUUAUAACGGUGUACACAAACCCAUUAUUAUUACUAUGGGAAUAAAAACCAUUAUUAUUUCUGUGUAUACACAUCCAUGUACUAAGAAUGUGAAUGUAAAACCAUGUAUUAUUACUUUGUAUACACACAUGUAGUAUAAAUAUGUACAUACCCAUGUACUAUUACAGUGUACAUAAUCAUCCGUGUACUAAUGCUGUGUAAACACAGCUAUGCACUAUUACUGUGUGCACUCACCCAUGUACUAUUACUGUGUGCACUCACCCAUGUACUAUUACUGUGUACUCAACACAUGUAGUAUUACUGUGUACACACUGAAACCAUGUACUUUUAUUGUGUACACACACCCAUAUAGUAUUACUGUGUACACACGUUCUUGUACUCAUACUGUGUACAUAAACCCAUGUAAUGUUUUCUUUCCUGGGUUUGUUUAAUUGCAUUUUAAAACUCCCAUUUAACUUGCCCCGCACUGUAUUUCAAGCUCCGCUGGUGGCCGUCCACUGAAGACAUACGUAAAGCCAACAUAACAGUCGUACCAGACAGAAGCACGCAGACCGUGAUACAUGGGUUGGCCUCUGGCACCAUUUACUCUCUACGGGUCUCUGGCUACAGCAGCGGAGGAGAUGGGGCCAACAGUCCAACAACUUACUUCACGCUGGGUACGUCCGAGUUACCUCAAUCCAUCAUAAUUAACAAAAAUUAUUUAACGUGUUUGCCCAAAUAAACAUUUCUAUGAUGCAUCAUCCUUUUUUGAAAAGAAAUCCACUUCAUUAAUUAUUUAAUUUCUUUUCAUUAAAGUGCAGUCACUUGAUUGAAUUGAAUUAUUUUGUUAAAAUAUUGAUUUGGGGGUUGUGUUUGAUUGGUUUCUGAAGUGCACAAACUUGAUGAAUUGUUUGAAUUCAGAGGAAAAGAAAAGUUUUCUUAGAAUGUUAAAAGUGUUAUAUUUGUCUGACGGAAAGAAUUUGUCUAGUUUGUAUCUUAUUCCUAUCAAUAUGGAAUAAAGUGAUUUCUUUGGAUUUCAUAAAUUAACACAGCAUCUUGACAAAUCUUUUAGGUUUUAAAUAACUUUGUUUUCAAUAACAUUUUUUUCAAUAACUUUGUCUAAAGUAACAUUACUUUAAGUAGCAUUAUUUUGAAUAACAUUGUUUUCCAUAACAUUGUUUUCAGUAACAUUGUUUGCUAUGACAGUGCUUUUAAUAAGAUUUUUUUAAUAACUUUAUUAUACGUUACGUAAUAUUAUUUUAAGUAACCUUAUUUUCAGUAACAUUGUAUUCAAUAAAUUGUUUAAAAUAAAAAAUUUUUUAAUAACAUUAUUUUCAAUAACAUUUUCCAGAGGGUCAAGUCAUGUACAACCCAGCCACCACUGACAUAAUGAACACAUCUCCGUCUCUAAAGGCAAGCUUGCUUCUGAUUUGCGGAUUUGGUCUUUGGAAUUUGUUUCUACAUUCUACAAAUUUGCCAUUAUACUUUUUUAAAUAAAAAUUGAAUAUAAC